UAACACUAAGAAAAAAAAGGGCUUGGAACUUUCUUUUUGGAUUAAUUAAACUCGAAGCACCUGAAAUUACUAACUUUCAAGGCUUUUCUGAAGAAAAAUUUGAUCAAGACGGAAAUUAUAACUUGGGAAUAAACGAUUUAAACAUUUUUUUCAGAGUUCCUUAUAAUUUAACUUUCAAAAAUCAAGGGGUUCAAAUUACCAUUGUCUUUAAAUCUAAUUCUCGUGAAGAAAAUAAUUAUUUUUUACAUUUGUUAGGUUUUCCUUUUAAGAAAAAAAAUUAA